UGACAGGAUCUUGACGUCGAGUUCAGUCCUGGGAACUUGACAAGUUCAACCUGAACGCUUUUGUUCUCUGCGCUCAUCGUGGUUUAUUCACAACAUCACGAGGCCCGCGUGCCACUAUCGCCAGGUUGCCGCCUCGUGUCCGGACAUCGAGCAUGUCAACACUCGCGUUCUCCGCCCGCGCCCUGGCGCGCAGAAACACCAUCUCCCACGACCGCGCUCCCCCUCAGGAAUCCUCAGACCCAAGCACCGUGUUGUACACCGAGGCGCGCGAUUUGCACCAGAAGCUAUUCUUGGACUCCCUCUUCAGCGCGUCGUACACGCGCAAGCUCGCCGAGUGCCGCUGGCGGGACUCAGCAUCGGAGACAGCGACGCAGACCUCGCAGGCGGGCUCGGACGACGAGAGCGAGGCGUCGAGACCGCGGAGGACGCGGCGGAGACGGGCGCGGACCGGCGACGGGGGGCCCGCUUCUUCUCGUACGACGACGACAAGCCCUACACCCAAGACGACAGCAGCUUCACCAGCCAUGGCUCGCCAUACGUGGAUCUCGCUCUGGUUCCUCAUCACCGCGCCGAUCGUCCUAUGGGACUCAGGAUACCUAUUCCUCCGACCGCGCUCUAUGCUUGGCGGUGACCUACAUUGGAUCUGGAGCCCGUACGAAAUAUACCAAGAGAUCGACUGGGUUUACGGAGUCAGAGCCCUUGAAGAUGGCGAUGGCUUCCCCAACGCCCAAGCCUUCCUCAACGUCAUCGAAACCGUCCUCAACCUCAUGUAUCUCUACCUCGCACACAUCUCCGACUCUCCCAAGGCCCCCCUCAUCGGCUUUGCCGCUGCCGCCAUGACGUUGUGGAAGACCGUGCUGUACGGGCUCCAGGAGUUCUUCUGCUCUGGCGCGGGGUGCAUGACGGCGCAUAAUAAGUGGCUGGAUAUGGUGGUGUUCUAUUAUUUACCGAAUGGAUUCUGGCUCGUCUUCCCGAGCGUCAUCGUAUAUACCCUGGGCAAGGACAUAGCCCACUCGUUGUGGGCAGCGUCCCGCUUGAGCGAUGGCGGGCGCGCGGGUGGGAGGAAGGGAGCGAAGGUCGAAUGAAGGAAGUGAGGUCUCUUGUGGUCGCGUCCUAUGGCGCGCGAUAUGUCGUGCUAUAGGCGCGAGGCGGAGGAUAUGAACUCGCGAAGGCAAAAUCUCAUGCGAAAAGUGAACGCUAUCGGUAUAUGUGGAAUGCAUGCUCGCUGUAACUGUUAUGUUUUGUACGCUCGUGCUAUGUACUUGCUUUGGAUUGGA